AUGAAGAAUUACGCCGUCAGAACUUACCUUAUCCGAGUAUUAGGACCUUACAACAUCGCAUACAAGGCUUACAAUUUAAACCGGGAAUAUUGGAAGAUAUUUUCCGUACAAACAUUUGCUGAUGCAGAGAAACAUGCUGUAUUGAUCAUAGACGAAAUGUCUAUAAAGCCUGGCUUACAAUAUGACAAUUCCAUUGUUGCAGUAGUUGGUCGACCCACUAUGAAACUUUCGGGUGGAUUUGACAGUUCUCAUCAAAAAGCAACGCAUGCCCUUGUAUUUAUGUUGUGCGGCAUUUCUACUAAAUGGAAGCAGACAAUAGGGGGCGUUAUUAUCAAAGAUUAA